ACUCUUUGUGAUUGUGUCACUUUGUCGUCGGUCUACCUUUAAACGCGCCGAGCCGAAUGUGGUUCUCCCGGCCCGGUUCGCAUCGUUUUUAGAAGCCGCCAGCUAGGGCAGAUACACAUCGAUCUCUUUGGAACACAUAUUUAUCAUAUUAUCCAAAAGAAUUUUACAGAAUGUUGGACACAACUCACGUCGUCAGUGCGGUAGCCGUCGUGGCGUCCUUCAUCAUAGGGCUCAAAUUCGGCAGAAGGAACUCCGUCGACAAGAAAGUCCACAAUCAUGGCCAGCUACAAAACUCUUCAGCGUCCAAAAAGGAGGAAGAAAAUGUUUUCUCCGACUUUGGCGGCGAGUACAAAAUGGUCCUGGUAGUUCGAAACGAUCUCAAGAUGGGCAAGGGCAAGAUCGCGGCCCAAUGUGGCCAUGCAGCUGUUGGUGCCUACGAGGGUGCCCUUAAGAAAACUCCGUCAGUUUUGCGGAAAUGGCAGCACACAGGGCAGGCCAAAAUCGCCGUGAAGGUCGAAAGCGAACAGCAAAUGAUGGAAGUCUAUCGGACCGCCAAGGCAAACAAUCUUAACUGCUGCCUGAUCAGGGAUGCCGGUAGGACUCAAAUUGAACCCAACAGUAAAACGGUGCUGGCCAUCGGACCGGCACCCAAGCAAAUUAUCGACACGAUCACCGGCCAUUUGAAACUGUUGUAAACCGGUGUGAGGUUUCUGAUAGGCUAUGCGCGUAGUUUGAUCAACCAGCUUCAUUUUCUUAUCUUGUCACAUGAAAUUCGUUCAAAUAUAAAAUCAAUUUGGAUGUAAUUCUUGUUCUGCUAAUUUGACUUAGAUUUAAAAUUGAUGAUCAUGAUCAUGUUGUUUAUACAUGUUUGUGUGUCGAAGUAUACUGCCCAUAAAUGCAUGUUAGUCCCAUAUUUGCUGGAUUUCCUAUUCACAUGGGCCAAUUUUGCGUUUAUGGGCAGUAUAUUAGAACACAUAAAUUACCAUUUAAGCCAAAAAUGGAGAUUGAAUUUGUAUCGCAUUAAUAUGCGGCGAAUAAAAUAAAUAAGCUAAA